AUGAACUUAAGAAAGUUUUCUUAAUAGUCCUAUUUCAAAUAAAAGGCAUCCAAUUCAAAUAAGAAUGACACAAUAAAAGAAGAAUCAGAAGAGAUUAAAACAAGUCAAAGUAAAAGCUUUAAUUUAACAUAAGACAAUCUGCACAAAAAAUGUGCAAUUCAAACAUCUGCAUCACCUUAUGCCAAGAAUUCGUCAUCAUCAUAAUUAUUUUAGAAAUUCAAAAGCUUUACAUCAAGUACCUCACCUUUAUAGAAAUAUCAAAUUAAGUAAAAGGAUUUAAUUAGCACUGUAUCUCACUUUACUAUAGAAAAUAAACAUCAUCAAUCACAAUCUGAGCAGAAAGAAGUAGUGGAAAGACUCUUCAAAUGGGAAAAACGGAAGCAAUGCGUAAUUAAAGAGAAACAAGAAAAGUACUAGAAUGAAGAAGAGAAGAAACUUUGGGAAAAACCAAUUUUAUCAAAAGAAACCCUUAAAAUUUAUGAGUCGGGGUUGAAACAUCACUUUGAACUUAACAACUUUAUCAAAUAAAAAGAUCAAUCCACUCAAAGUUCAAGCGAUUAUCCGCCUCUUUAGAAAUUAAAUAAAUUAAAAAAAAAAACCAAAAUUAAGUUUGAAUACGAUGAGGAAAUAGAAGACAAACCAGAUGAUGUUAAUGAAAAAACUACUUAGUAUAAAUAUGUUAAUGAAGUACAAUCAGACUCUACUGAAAAUUUUAAUAGAGAAGUACGUAGUAAAUCUGAUUACACCACAAUGCCUAUUCAUUUAAGAUAUGAAUAUGAAAUAAAAUUGAAGAAAGCAAAAUUGAAAUAAAUGAUUGAUGAGAAAGACAAGGUGGUUUAAUAGGAAUUGGAUUUAGCAAAAAAAUAUAAUAGUACUGCUGAAUAAUUUGAGCACUUCUUAAGUGAAUAAGAGAACUUCUUGAAAAAGAAACAACAAUUUUAUGAUGCUAAUUUAAAAAAAGAACUAGAAAAAAUACAAGAAAUCGAAUCCCAUUUCUCUUACAAACCAGAAAUUAACUUUCCUCCUCAACCUACAAAAGUAUCUAAAAACAAAGAAUAAGAUGAGAAGUUCAAUGAAAAACUUCAUACCCUUAGAGAAAGACAAUAAAGAUAAAAAAACAUCUACUUUUUUAAAUCUACUUUACCCGAUAUGAGGAGAAAUAUCAAACAAAAGUAUCAUGAAGUAAAUUCUAUUCUUAAUAUGCAAUAGAUUCUCCAUAAGAGUGAAAACUUUGGAGUUUCCGAAGUUUAAUUUCAAACAGAAAGUUGA